AUGACGUGCCUUUCUUCAGGUUUUAAUUCAUUCAACGAAGAUCGCAGUGAGAUUUUCCUUGGUUUGGAUGAGUGUAAAUCGCAAUCUGAUGGUGAUGCCAAAUGUGAUUGGAGUCAUUGCCGUCUUUUUGCAAAGAAAUAUAAAUGUGAUUAUUAUGAAAUUGAAAUGACGGAACAUCAAACAAAUUCCAGAACACCUUUCGUCAUCAAAAUUGCCAAAUCUGAUUUCAACUCAAAAGUAACUCUGGAGAUAAUUAAAUAUUUUUUGUUUGGUGAAGUUGACAAAGAUAUCCUUGACGAUCAUGAAAUGUUUCAAGCGGCGAGAAAAUUUGAAUAA